GAGGGGACUGCGGGCAGAGCUGGGUAAUGAUUUGUCAUCGCGAGGACCGGGGUGUCUCUCUUUGCAGAGGAAACCUUGGCCGUGAUUGACAGUGGGGCUGUUUCUGCCGCUUCCCUCGCUGUUGUCAAGUAAUAAUGAAGCUUUGUCAGUCCAUCAUGGACAUGGAUAUGCCAGAUUAUGUUGACUCCUUGGACUCCUCUUAUACCAUGCUGGAAUUCGACAACCUCCGCGUGCUCCCCAAUAACACCGAGGCCAUCGCGGCCGAGUCAGCAAACACCAACCUGCUCCCCAACGGCGUCAACUCCCUGUGCUCCAUCUGCGGGGACCGGGCCACCGGCAAGCACUACGGGGCCUCCAGCUGUGACGGCUGCAAAGGCUUCUUCAGGAGGAGCGUCCGCAAGAACCACGUCUACUCCUGCAGGUUCAACCGACAGUGUGUGAUAGACAAAGACAAGAGGAACCAGUGCAGGUACUGCAGGCUGAAGAAGUGCUUCAGAGCUGGCAUGAAGAAAGAAGCUGUGCAGAACGAGCGUGACAGGAUCAGCAUCCGCAGGAGCAGCUAUGAGGACAAUGGCUCUCUCUCCAUCAACAUCCUCACUCAGGCUGAGGCCAUGGCACAGCAGUAUUUACCCCUGAGCCCCGUGCACAGCACAGACAUUGCCAUGAAGAAGAUUGCCACCAUCAACGAUGUGUGUGAAUCCAUGAAACAGCAGCUCCUGGUGCUGGUGGAAUGGGCAAAAUACAUCCCAGCCUUUUGUGAGCUCCCCCUGGACGACCAGGUUGCCUUGCUCAGAGCCCACGCAGGGGAACAUCUGCUCCUCGGGGUAGCCAAGAGGUCCAUACCAUACACUGAUUUCCUGCUAUUAGGGAAUGAUUUCAUCAUCCCAAUGCACUGCCCAGAGCUGGAAAUCGCUCGUGUGGCCACCAGAAUCUUGGAUGAGUUGGUGAAGCCCUUGCGGGACAUCCAGAUCGAUGACAAUGAGUACGCCUGCCUUAAAGCCAUCAUCUUCUUUGACCCAGACUGCAAAGGCCUGAGCGAGCCCGGCAAGGUGAAGAACAUGCGCUUCCAGGUGCAGGUGAACCUGGAGGAUUACAUCAACGACCGCCAGUACGACUCACGGGGCCGCUUCAGCGACAUCCUGCUGCUGCUGCCACCUCUGCAGAGCAUCACCUGGCAGAUGAUCGAGCAGGUGCAGUUUGUGAAGCUCUUUGGCGUGGCCAGGAUCGACAGCUUGCUGCAGGAGAUGCUGCUGGGAGGAACCACUGCUGAUCUCCAGUACCAGUCAGCACCUCCCACCCUCAACCUGGAACCGCUGCCAGGGCACGUCCUGCAAAGCAACAUGACCUCUGUGAUCCACGCUGCUCCAGACCCAUCUCCUGAGACAUCCCUUCCAUCUCCUUCUGCCAGCACAGGCAGCGAAGACUAUAAGCUAGGCUCUAGCGCAGGGCCCAGCACCGUAGUGCAGCUCCUGCCUCAGACAGUGAUCCCCAAGCAGGAGAUUUUAUAGGGAGAGGAGGAAGGAGAAGCUGGGAGCGCUGUGGGAAGCGUGCUGACAGUGAAACGGGCCCUUUCUCUUUGCAGAGGCCAAGCACAGCACACCCCUGCCUGCAGCCGGAGCCGCCGCUCCCACCCUUCCCCGCCCGUGAGCCCAGCGCCAGCCUGCAGAGAGCCUCACCACGGAAUUCCCACCAGCAGCACCCCCAUGGCACAAGGAUUGGGGUUUGUGCCCUCCUCAGCAGGGCCAGGACUGCCAGCCCUUGGGGGCAGGGUUCUGGGGGUGUUUGUGAGCAUCGCUCGGUGCCACCGUCACCCUCCCAGAGCCCUCGGCCGCUGUCUCCAUCCAUCCCAGCGCCGUGCACAGCUCCUGGUAACCCUUCAUGCACACAGCGUGGCCUGAAUUGGGAUGAAAAAGGUCUAUUCCCAUCACAAAUGUAAUUAAUUACACUCCCAUUUCUCCUGAUGAGCUUUAGGAAAAAUAUCAUCAUAAUCAUUAGAAGGCCAAAGCCUUAUUCCACCCAGAGGGGCCUUGUCCCAAUAGGGCAGCCAACAUUUAAUGCUGUCCAGUUCUUUUUUAUGAACAGAAAUGCCAAUGUUUUGCUAUUUUCCAUAAUUUCCAGUAUAUCCAGAGUCCAUCUGUGAGCCAGUGGAUGGACUCUACCUUAAGAACACAUCUAACACCAGACAGCAGCAAAGAGCUCUGCCUCUCACCGUGCCUGCUGCUCUGGUGAGCCCCCAAAUCAAGGCCAACUUAUCCCAACUCCUGCUUUCUAUCUUCUGUAAAAUUUUACAGCAAACAUUUUUGGAAGAAGCAAGUGCCCCCACAUACCUUUUCCCAGUACACAGAUGUGAUUUUUCUGUAGUUUUGUAUUUCUCUGCAAGGUCUGCUGUGUGGCUGUAAAUUAGCCAAGAAAAGGAACAGGCAGGUCUGUGAGCCACUUUUUAUGAAAAGGGUUCGUAUUUAAAACAAGCUACUUCUGCCUUAAUGUAAAAUGUAAUCAGCAGUUAAACAACAAAUUAAAUAAGCCCAGUGGUGACUACACAGCCUCAAGAGUUCCCAAAGUGCUGUCGUUGUGCUACGGAGUUGAUCUGAAUGAAUGGGACUUUAUUAAAAAGCAAAUUAUCACAUUUCCACAAAAGUUAAGUUCAUCUGUGCACCAACCUCUAUCAAACAGCCACUGAGGGACCAGGAGUGGCUGUCCUGAGCACUGGGACACGAUGGAGAAUUCCUAAUUCUGAGCCUCUGCACAAAUUCCCAAGCCAGGAUGGCAAACCCGAGCUGGUGGAGCCCAGGGGGGCUCUGGGGAGCUCCUGGAGAUGCUCAGCUGGAGGAAACACAAUCCCAGCGACUAAAAGGGAACUUGGGAAGAGCAUCCGAGCUUCCAGCAGCAGGGGAAUUUCAGCAUCGCCAUUCUGCAGCACCAGAGAGAGCUGAAAGCCAGCAGAGAGCAGCUCCAAUUUCACCUGGAUCAGAAUGUUUUAUUUUUCUCCUGCCUCUGACGAAUUUGAUCUGACAUUUUAUGCUGAUAGCCCUGAUUUGAAACAGCUCUAUCUGGGAAGCAGGUUCCACUGCAGGCAUUCCUGCUGCAUGACAGAUGCAACUGUUCUGAGCCAGCAUUGCUUCUGGUGCCUCCAGCAGCUCCCUUCCAUUCCUCUUCCAGACAGAAAAUGUACAUUAAUAGUCAUUAAUGGUAAGAAAAUAAAUCUAUGGGGGAAAUAAAUUCCGUAUUCUCAUA